AUGAUUGACGUGUUGGGGAUCGCCCGCCGGAUGUGUGCCACGUGUGCAGUACCGUAUGGGCUGUGGUUGAGUCGGUUCGGACCAGCGGCGGCGUAUGAUGCAUGGUUGACGGAGGCGUCGGGGUCGGAGGUGGCGGCUACGGAACGUCAGACGCGAGCGUUUGUAGCACGGCGGGGUUAUGGACCUCAGUUGUUGCCAGGCGAAGGUUCAGCUAUGGCUGGUUACGUGGCGAGCGGGAAACGCAUUCCACGGCGAGGCGAGGUCGGCUAUAGUGCCGACGAUAUCGACUGUUUCGAACGAUUGGGGUAUGUUAUGAGUGGCAGCCGGCACAAACGCAUGAACGCCGUCCGACUACGAAAAGAGAAUCAGGUUUACACUGCCGAACAACAACGAGCACUCACCCUCUUCCAUCAAGAAGAACGCAAAAAAAGGGAAGAGGAAAUACACGCUGAACUCCACCACUUGCUCCGAUCACAAAAACAGAAAGCACUAACAGAAGAUCCGGAUCCCUGA